AUGUUGCUGCCUGCGCGGGACACGACGGACGACGGGCAAGAUCAGAGAGGGUUUAAGAACAACAAGACGUUCAUUGUAAUAGCCGUCAUCGUUGUUGCCGUCUUCGCAAUCCUCAUCGUCACAUACCUCAGCACAGCCAAAUUCCGCUUCCGAGGCGCGCGGCCCGCCGAGCCAGAGACCAACGACAAAUUACCUUCGUUAUUUUCCUGGAGGAACUUCCGGAAAAGACCGCGACGCCAUGAGUACUCGACGAGUCUGCAGGACACCGAGUAUCGGGGAAGCACCAGCAGGGAAAGCCGAGAGAUGAGCGGGGCCGCGACAUCAGACCCGGAAAGAAACACUGGCGCUGCCGGAGUCGACAGACAUACAUCGGUGCGCAGUGUCAUGACAUUGCCCCCAUAUGCUCCAGCACCAAGAGAGGACGAGAGGGUGUUGGGACGGGAGGGCGAAAGAGCUGGCAUGGACAACGUCGUCGAGCUGCCGGAGACGGCCGACGACGAAGAAGGCCGAAGAGAGGACGAAAUGGAGUCAUUGUACCAGAUCAGACUGGCACGCCGCAUCGAGGCAGCCGACCGAGAAGCAAGGCGACAAGCGCGACGUGACGCCCGCGCACGAGGCGACAUCCAAGCACUGGCAGACAUCCGCCGCCGAGCUGAAGAGGCCGCUGACUUGUCAGUAUCACAAAUGCUCAUAGCCGAGCACCAGUCUAAUACACGUGCCCGCGAACGACGAGUCUCCUCUGUAGCUUACGGCGACCUUGGUGUAGCCCGCCACGAUGGAACACGGCUCCGCGCCAAUUCUUCGGAAAGCGACCACCGUCCUCUUCUCGAUUCCGCAGCCUCCAUGUCUGGACGAAGCCACCAUUCUCGCGCGCACUCUUCCAACACCCUCGAUCCUGAUACGCACCGCCGCGGUCUCUCCGUCACCUCCUUUGGCUCUCGCGCAUCCAGCGACUUUGACUUCUCCGAUCCUGUCCGCACUGAAUCCCAGUCGCGACAGUCUCCCAACGGAACCAGCGAGGAUUUUGAAAUCGUCUCGUUAAACCCUGAACGAAGCCAUGGUGGGAGUCCGGCCAUGAGUCCACACAUCGAUACCUCUAGAGAACAGGCUCCUGCAUAUGAGGACCCGCCAGUCUAUGAGAGUCCCGUAGCGACUGGCGCACCACAGCUACCAAACCUUGAACGGCUACCUAGCAUUCAGGUCACGUCAGAACUGUCAGCAGACGUGCGUCCGCAUUCUCCGCCUAGGUGA